AUGUCGAGCCGUGAUGGGACAGAAGAAAGCAGCACUGAGUGCGAGGUCAAGAGGCCCAAACUCGUGCCUUUGCGUGGUGUUCCAAUGCCGGAUAUCUUCCUAGAGAACUGGGAGGCUGUAGAGAGUUUCCAGGCCGAUCCCCAGGAUCUUCUGAUUGCCACCUACCCCAAAGCAGGAACAACCUGGGUGCAAGAGAUUGUGGAUUUCAUUCUCCAAGACGGGGACCCGGAGAGGUGUCGGCGAGCACCGAUACACAGCAGGAUCCCAUACCUGGAAUUCAACAUUCCGGGACACACCCCUUCAGGAACUGAACUACUCGCAAAGCUGCCAUCUCCCAAAGUGAUCAAAACCCACCUUCCCUUCCAGCUGUUACCCAGGUCCUUCUUGGACCAGAAAUGCAAGAUAAUCUAUUGUGCAAGGAAUGCAAAAGAUAACCUGGUCUCAUUCUUUUUCUUUGACUUAAUGAACAAAGUACAACCUGAGCCAGGGAGCUGGGAGGAAUAUUUCCACAAGUUCCUGCAGGGUAAUGUUUCGUACGGUCUGUGGCAUGACCAUGUGCUGGGCUGGUGGGUAAACAAAGACAAAUACCCCAUCCUCUACAUUUUCUACGAAGACAUCAAAGAGAAUCCAAAGCAGGAAAUUCUGAAGAUAAUGAGAUUCCUGGGGAAGGAGCUGCCCGACGCCAUUGUCGACAGGAUCGUCCACCACACGUCCUUCCAGUCGAUGAAGGCCAACCCCAUGAGCAAUUACUCCACCGUGCCGGCCAAUGUCUUUGACCGGACCAUGUCCACCUUCAUGAGGAAAGGUGUGGUGGGGGACUGGAAGAAUUACUUCACCGUGACUCAGGACGAGGCCUUCAACUCUGACUACGAGCAGAGGAUGCAGGGCUCCGACCUUCAAUUCCGCACAGAACUAUGAGGCAAGCAAUAAAUGUCAACGUGCACCGAGCCGAUGGAUCACCGACAGGGAAGGAGCCUGUUCGGCCCUUUGAGCCAGUGCCGGCCCUUUGAAAGAUUAAUCUCAUCAAACUGCAUCCAUGCCGAUUCCUCCUUGCUAUUUCUCCAAUUCCCCAUUUUGUGCCCUCUGAUUAAAUUGCUUCCACUGCCCUUUCAGGUAGCACCUUCUAGGUCACAACAGCUCACCGCUGAAAACAAAAAAUUCUCCUCCCGCUUCCACCAAAAUUUUGCCUCCCCGAAUCACCGACUCCCCCAGGAGAGGGGACCUGAUCUCCAAAACUGUGCAUGAAAGAGCGGAGCUGUCCCUCUGCGAAUCGCUCGGUCCAAUGUCCCGCCGGGUUUAAACGUCCGAUCUUCGGAGAGACAGAGGUUCAGUUGACCUGGACGAUGAUCUCCCUUUGCGUUCCCGCUGGCUAACUUUGUGAUUGAA